UGACUGGGGAGUGAAGAAGUGGGAGGAGCUGCUGACUGUGACCGGGGAGUGAAGAAGGUGAGCACAAAGGAAAAGCAGACUGAAACUGACUUUUCGCAAGAGCCUUUGAGUAAGUCCUUCUUUCUUUCUAUUGGAUCCUACCAGGGGUGAAAUGUAAAAUUCAUUACUACUGGUUCUGUGGGCAUGGUUUGGUGGUGGUGGUGGGGUAAUGUGACUGAAUGGGCGUGGCCAACUCUUUUUUUAACUUUUAAAAACAUUUUUUCUACAACCUCUUCGGCUGAGGUUGUAGUAAAAAUGCUUUUAAAAGCCUCUGAUGAUCAGGUAACUCAGCUGGGAUUGCCAGAGGAGCCUUUUAAAAGCUUCUGAUGAUCCCAGCUGAAUUGCCUGAUCCGCAGCCGAAGAGGUUGUAGAAAAAAAGGCUUUUAAAAGGUUCUGACAAUUCCAGCUGAGCUGCACGAUCAUCAGAGGCAUUUUUUUACUUUUAAAAGCAUUUUUUCGGCUAAAGAAAAAAUGCUUUUAAAAGUAAAAAAAAAAUACCUCUGAUGAUUGCGUGGCUCAGCUGGGCAUGGGGGGGGAGCAGGGAUUUUUGCUACCGGUUCUCUGAACCACCUGCCGCCAUGGCUACCGGAUCCGGCAAUCUGGUCCGAACCGGGAGCGUUUCACUCCUGGAUCCUAUCCUCCCUUUGGAAACUUAUCAGAAACUCCCUUCCUUCCCUCGCGCUUCACCAAGCCCCCUUUAAGGACUUUUGGUGUUUGGUAUUUCCGAGCCAGUGGAAGUGAAAAAGUGAAAGUGAAAAAGUGGAAGGAGAAUGUCCAGAGCUCUGCCCUGCCGCCACCUCCUCCUCUGCCCCCCACGCUCAUUCUUUUCUGGGCAAAGGCUGAGCUUCCCUCCAUUCAGUCAUGCCCCCCCCGCCCUCCGCCAAUCAGAAAAGUCCCUGGGCGAGGACUUUGAGGAGGGUGACAUCUUCUAGCUGCAAUCCAGAGCUGUGAAAUCAAUCUGUUCACUGUUUUCACAUUCAGCAACCCGCAAUAGAAUCUCUUAUGCCACCAGACUUGAAAUUUUGGCCGUACAUAACUUAGAACUACACGGACUGCGCUCUGACCUAAGCUUAGUUCCUAAAAUCAUCUGCCACAAUGUCCUCCUACCUGUCAAUGACUACUUCAGCUUCAACCACAACAAUACACAAGCAAAUAAUAGAUACAAACUCAAAGUAAACCGCACCAAACUCGACUGCAGAAAAUAUGACUUCAGCAACAAAGUGGUCAAUGCCUGGAAUGCACUACCUCACUCUGUGGUUUCAUCCCAAAACCCCAAAACCUUUUAAUCUUAGACUGCCUACUGUCGACCUCACCCCAUUCCUAAGAGGUCUGUAACGGAUGUGCAUAAGUGCACCAGCGUGCCUAUCAUCCCUGUCCUUUUUUUUUUUUAAUUUGCAUUUAUAUCCCGCCCUUCUCCGAAAACUCAGGGCGGCUUACACUAUGUUACCAAUAGUCUUCAUCCUAUUUGUAUAUUUAUAUACAAAGUCAACUUAUUGCCCCCCAACAAUCUGGGUCCUCAUUUUACCUACCUUAUAAAGGAUGGAAGGCUGAGUCAACCUUGGGCCUGAUGGGACUCGAGCCUGCACUAAUUGCAGGCAGCUGUGUUAAUAACAGACUGUCUUACCAGUCUGAGCCACCAGAGGCCCAGGUCCUAAUGUCCCUUUUUACUGUUACUCUUUUCAUGUAUUCAAAUCAUGUUUAUACUUUUAUCGGUCAUAUUAUCUAUGCUUGACAAAUAAAAUAAACUUAAACUUAAAACUUAAGCAAUACCUCCCUCCCCAAUUCUGCCCUUCACCCUCUUCCCUUUCCAGGCUCCUCCUGGCUCUUCCCGUCUAUUUGGACCGGGAGAUGUCAGAACUCAGCUGGGGCUGUCCCCUCUGCUUCACCCUGCUUUGAACUGGACCCAGAAGCAGCCUGAACAACCAGUGCAACUCGCAGAGCAGAGGUAUAAUGUGUGUUGUUUUGGAAACGCACAUCACUGCCUGUGCUGCUUCAUUUUGCACCAGCUAAAGCUUCCAGAAAGAUUUAUGUUUAUUUAUUUACUUCCAUAAACAUCAUGAGAAAGGCGGGGCUAGAUGAAUCAAAAAUUGAAAUUAAGAUUGCCGGAAGAAAUAUCAACAACCUCAGAUAUGCAGAUGAUACCACUCUAAUGGCAGAAAGCGAAGAGGAACUAAAGAGCCUCCUGAUGCGGGUGAAGGAGGAGAGUGCAAAAGUUGGCUUGAAACUCAACAUUAAGAAAACUAAAAUCAUGGCAUCCGGCCCUCUCAAUUCCUGACAGAUAGAUGGGGAAGAAAUGGAGGUAGUGACAGAUUUUAUUUUCCUGGGCUCCAAGGUCACCGCAGAUGGGGACUGCAGCCAAGAAAUUAAAAGACGCUUGCUCCUGGGGAGGAAAGCUAUGGCAAAUCUAGACAGCGCACUAAAAAGCAGAGACAUCACCCUGCCAACAAAGGUGCGUAUAGUCAAAGCUAUGGUUUUUCCAGUUGCAAUGUAUGGCUGUGAAAGUUGGACCAUAAGAAAGGCUGAGCGCCAAAGAAUUGAGGCCUUUGAACUCUGGUGCUGGAGAAGACUCCUGCAAGUCCCUUGGACUGCAAGGCGAACAAACAAGUCAGUCCUAGAGGAGAUCAACCCUGACUGCUCUUUAGAAGGCCAGAUCCUGGAGAUGAAACUGAAAUGCUUUGGCCACCUAAUGAGAAGGAAGGGCUCCCUGGAGAAGAGCCUAAUGCUGGGAAAGAUUGAGAGCAAAAGAAGAAGGGGAUGACAGAGAACGAGGUGGCUGGAUGGAGUCACUGAAGCAAUAGGCAUGAGCUUAAAUGGACUCCAGAGGAUGGUAGAGGACAGGAAGGCCUGGAGGAACAUUGUCCAUGGGGUCGCGAUGGGUCGGACACGACUUCACAACUAACAAAAAAGCUUCCAGAUUACUCUUCAAGGGCAGCCUCAUAUAGAGUGCAUUGGAGUAGUCCAACUAGGAAGCGAAAAGAGCCUGUAUGAUUGUGAACAGAGCACCUCAGUCUAGGAAUGGGGGCAACUAACACACAAAAGAAAGUUCAGCAGAUCCCUUAAUAAGAGUGGUGUGUUUUGGCCCUCUGAGCUCAUGGCCAGAACCUGGAUAGUGAGACCCAGGCCUUUGGCAGCUGCUGCUGAACUCUAGGUUGGUCAACAAGAAGGCAUUAAGAAACCCUAAAUCUUCAUUCUUGGCUGCAACCAAAAGAGAUCCCAACCUAGAAUUAAGGAGAAAUUUCCUGUCAGUGGGAACAAUGAGUGCCUCCAGAAGUUAUGGGAGCGCCAAUGCUAGAAGUUUUUAAAGAAAAGAAUGGACAGCCAUUUAUCUGAAUAUAGGGUUUUCUGGCUGAGCCAGGGGUUGGACUAGAAGACCUCCAAGGUCCCUCCCAACUCUGUUAUUCUGUAUUCUUUACUGCUGCUUGCUCAGGAGUCUCACACACACUUCAGUGAGGGGCAGAGAUUCCAGGAGGAAUUUUGGGUGUGUGUGUGUAUGUUUGUGUGUGUGUAUCUCUCUCUGUGUGUGUGUGUGUGUGUGUGUGUGUGUGUUGAGUGCAAGAACCAACCUGCAGUGCAACUGAGUCAGACCUGGAAAGCAUAACACUCCAGAUGGUUGUCUCAUGUAUAAGCAGUGGUGGGUUUCAAAAUUUUUUACUACCAAGCUCGUAGCUUCGUUAAGAGAUUCUUUCAUAAAAUCUUUCAGAUUAUCCUGAAGUGCUUCCAAAUUUAGUGAUUUUUUAUCUGCAGUAUGUGCUGGAGAAGUUCCCGGUGUUGAUGUUCCUGGGGUUUUUGUAACAGUUGUCUUUAAUUGUUUUGCUGCCAUCUCUUAAAAUUUCUCUUUAACUUAAUAUUACGUAUAAAUCUUCUAAGUCUUUUUUUUUUUAAAAAAACAGUCUCAAUAUCUCUUCUCCCUUCUCAUUACAAUGUUAAAAAAAAAUAAAAAUCCCCAGCUGGUUUUCAGCAAAAAACAGCAAGCAGUAAGAAUUGUAACACUUUCGUUUUCAACUGCGUAGCUCCUUAAAGAACAAUCGCCAUUUUCGCUUUAAAGUCAACUCCAAAACUUAAAAAAAAAAUAAUAACAGGGAAUUGAUUUAAUUACUUGCUUUUAUCGUUAAAACUCUCCUGUUUCUGUUCAGUCCGGUAUUUUCUUCUUUAAGUUAAAAUUGGUCCCGGCAGUUGGUCGCGGCAAUUAGGUCUGCCGGAGCAGGAAAAAAGCCUCAGAUCUGGAGCGCUUUGAAGUUCUGAGGGGGCUUAACCCUUCGAGCCCCUGGUGUCUUCCAGGAGUCUGGGGAAGCUCUACCUCUGCUUCUUAUGCUCACCACCUUUUCUUUGCCCGAAGAGGGGGAAUUUCAAACCGCUGGGCAGCUGAUUGUCGCUGUCUUAGCGGUCCAACACGAUCCAGAGGUUGGUGAUCAAAAGGAUCACCUCCAUUGCCUACGGAGCCAACUAGGAAGUUGCAAACUUCUCAGAUAGAAGAAAAGUUUAAAUUAAUUACAGAAGAAAUGUCAGAGAUGAAAAAACAGAUGUUAGAAAUCCAAAUUGGAAAUAAGGAAGUGAAAGAAGGUUUGGUGUCAGCAGUACAGGGUCUGGCAUCAAAUGUGAUUUUACUGGAGCAGGAAGUAGAAGAAAUAAAGAAAGAUAAUUUAAAAUUGGAAAAUAAGAUUGAGGUAGUUCAAAGUAAAAUGGAUAAAGCUGAUGAUGAAAUUGUUUUGGUACAAUAUAGAGCUAUGGAACAUGCUUUACGAAUACGUGGUAUGAAAGAGCAUAAACAAGAGAAUUUGAAGCAAAUUUUUUCUGAGGCCUUUGCGGAGAUUUUGGCAGUUCGGCCAGUAGAUGUGGCUUUUCAUAUUGACAAAAUUUAUUGUGUGAAUUCCUGGAUAGCAAGACAAAGAAAUCUUCCGAGAGACAUUGUUAUUUAUUUUACUACUAGAACAGUGAGAAAUGAGAUUUUACAAGCUUCUUUUAAAGGAGACAAGAUUCAAGCGGCUGGCCAAGAUAUUUUAAUACUAAAGGAAAUUCCCCCAAAAAUGUUGAGAGCUAGGAAGGAGUUUGCUUUUUUGGUGAACGAACUUAAAAAACAUCAGAUUGAGUAUAGAUGGGACAUCCCAACUGGUAUAAUAGUUUAUUAUGAAGGGAAAGCACAUCGUCUUAAUACAGUCAGUAAAGCACGAGAGUUUUAUGCUUAUGUGCUUAAAGCUGGAAGUCCACCAUCUCCGAAUGGUAGGAGAAAGGAAGGCGAAAUUAAGGAAAAAGAAGUGAUAGUAAUGGAAGAAGAUCUUUUACAAGUGUUGGAUGUGUCUAAGAUGGGAUCAGAGCUUCCAAAAGAGCCAAGGAUGACAAGAACAGCUGUCAAACGCAAGGAACAAGAAGAAAAGGCUCAACAGGCUCAAUCUGCUAUUACCAAGACAGAAACAGUGGGAGGAGCAAGGCCCAAAGAAAGAUAUGAUUUGCGGCUGGUGCUUCAAAAGUUUCCGAUUGCUGAUAAUGGCAAUUAGACUUUUAUCUUGGAAUGUUAAUGGAUUAAACUCACCACAAAAGAGAAGAAAGAUAUUUCAUUAUUUGAAGCAAUUUAAAAAUGACAUUGUAUGUUUACAAGAAACACAUAUUAGAACAUUAGACCAGAAAUAUUUGAUAAAUUCAAAAUUGGGAAUACAUUUUGCUGCAUCUGCUACAGAAAAGAAGAAUGGACUAGUUGUUUAUAUAAAGAGUAAUUUAUCAGCAACAUUAAUUGAGGCGGAUAAUCAAGGAAGAUAUAUUGCUAUUGAACUUUUAUUGGAGGAGAAAAUACUUUUAAUAGGAGU